AUGGAGUCUCAGGCCUUGGAAAUGGCCGAUUCGACCGAUUCGACCGUGCUCGACCAACUAGACUCACAUUCCCAAUCAAAUCGCCACUCCGUAUCUAGCUUCACCAGUAUUCCCGGUCGGUCGCUCAGUACAAGCAAUAAAAACAACACUCCGAUACCCGCAAACCUCCUCCCCUCAGCACCCGCUUCUCCACCAACACCCGCGCCGAGUCCCACCCCCCACCAGCGUCCUCCAGAAUGGCUUUCGUCUGAUGAGGAGGAAAGUGCGUUUCUGUUGAAUCUACGUAUUCACUUUAGUACCUUAUCGAAUGCUCGGAAACAAAAGCUCCUGGAGGGUAUAUUAGAUGUUUGCGACAGCCAACAGCUAAGCUUUGUCUCGAGCUAUGUCGGGCCUCGCCUGCGCAAGGACCCGUUCUCGGUCUUCCCAAAUGAAUUAUGUCUGAGAGUGCUCUCUUUUAUCGACGAUCCAAAGACCCUAGCGAGAGCAUCCCAAGUCUCAAUACGAUGGCGCGAGUUACUCAACGACGAUAUCACCUGGAAGAACCUUUGCGAGAAGCAUGCAUACUCCGUGCGACGGAUUAUGGAAGAUGACAGCAUGGAACCAGCCACACCUCGAUCAGUCGACUCAAGCCCCGAAACACUAAUGACGACCGAAAUACCUCGAUCAGCUUCUAACGAACCUCCGGUUGAACGAGUACCCGAGCUUCCCCGCACUUUGUCGGGGGAGUGGUUGCCGCCCACCAGUUUCCCCUCCAGAAGACGUCGAACUCGACCUGUCUCAUAUAGAUCGCAGUUCAAGCAAAAAUAUAUGGUUGAAUCCGCUUGGAAUAAAGGGGGCCGGUGCACACAGCGGCAUAUUACCCCCGACCAGGGAGUUGUUACAAGUUUGCAUCUAACACCGAAGUAUAUUGUUGUUGCUUUGGACAAUGCUAAGAUCCAUGUAUAUGAUACGAAUGGAGACAAUCAAAAAACUUUACAGGGCCACGUGAUGGGAGUUUGGGCCAUGGUUCCAUGGGAUGACAUUUUGGUGAGCGGAGGGUGCGACCGAGAAGUGCGAGUCUGGAACAUGGCGACUGGUGCCGGAAUCCAUUUGUUACGAGGUCACACAUCAACAGUCCGGUGUCUGAAAAUGUCCGAUCGAAAUACCGCCAUUUCGGGCUCCAGAGACACUACUCUUCGGAUUUGGGACUUGAAAACGGGAACUUGCAGCAAUGUCCUCGUUGGGCAUCAAGCUAGUGUCCGAUGUCUAGCAAUUCACGGCGAUAUUGUUGUUUCGGGUAGCUACGACACCACGGCCCGAAUCUGGAGCAUUUCUCAAGGCCGGUGCCUGAAGACUUUGUCCGGCCAUUUCAGCCAGAUCUACGCUAUUGCAUUUGACGGUCGACGGAUUGCAACAGGGAGUUUGGACACCAGUGUUCGCAUCUGGGACCCACUCAGCGGUAACUGCCAAGCCAUUCUUCAGGGUCAUACCUCUUUGGUAGGCCAACUGCAAAUGCGUGGUGACACUCUUGUUACGGGUGGCUCAGAUGGAUCAGUCCGUGUCUGGUCAUUAACAAAAAUGGCGCCCAUUCACCGACUUGCCGCUCACGACAAUAGUGUCACCAGUCUCCAGUUUGAUAAUACUCGCAUUGUCAGUGGGGGCAGCGAUGGGCGUGUGAAAGUGUGGAGCCUUCAAAGUGGCCAAUUACUACGAGAGCUCUCAUCGCCAGCAGAGGCGGUGUGGAGAGUUGCCUUUGAAGAAGAAAAAGCGGUGAUCAUGGCCAGUCGGUCUGGCCGAACAGUAAUGGAGGUUUGGUCAUUUGCCCCACCACCAGAAUCAUACGACGAUAGCGUUGCUAUCGAAAGCGCAUCGAGUACGCCUGGUAUCGGCUCCUCGGAGGAGAAUGUUUGGAGGGUAAAUUAUAACCCACGACGAGCACGAGCACUAUGCUCAGACCCUCCCCCCGCUAUCAUGAGUGAUGCCGACCAGGUUAUGCCCGAUGCGCCGUCCUAG